AUGGUGAAAACUAGAGGAAAUGGCUCUCGGUCUAUCAAGGAUUUGAAGGCUGGCUCGUUGACUGCAUCUCCAUCUCUCACCAAGAAAAAGGCUCGAAAGACCAAAAUUCAUUCUGACUCCUCAGAAUCCCCUGAUGUUCUUGCACCCAAGAAAAAAAGCAAAGGAUGGUUCCAGGUCUCCUCUUCUCAAAAAUAUCCUUGGUCCAAAGGUACUAAUCCUUCAGAUUCCACUCCAAAGGUCUCUUCUCCCAUGGGUUCCACUCCACGUUCCAAGUUUCGGUCGAAGGUGAAGAAGAUUCCUCCACCCUGUUCCUCUUUUGAAACUGAUCCAUCUGAAGCUUUUGUUCCCUCUGAUGACGAUCCCCUUGAAGAUGAUUCCUCUAUUGAUGAUGAUGUUGCAUCUGAAGCCGAGUUUGACCCAUCAGAGGACCCUCAUGUUUCUCCAAAGGGCAAGAAAGCUGUGAAAAUUCCUGAGAUUCACACAAAAGUGUUUGGGGUCAUUAAGAAUAUUGAGGAUCGAGGGUGGUUAGGUUCUUUAACUGGGUUUGAUGGUUUUGUUCCUCGCAUUGUUCAAGAAUUCUAUGCUAAUCUUAAUGAUGAUUUGUUUGAUAGCAAGUCUUUUAUGUAUGGUCAAGUUUAUGUUCGGGGUAAUUGGUAUUUGUUUAGUGCUGCUGAGAUUGCCAAGGUUCUCAAUUUGCCUCCUCCUGUUAUCAAUGUUGUUGUGGAGUUCAACAAGGACAAGGUUCUAUCUCAGUUGGUGGGACAGAAUAUGGUUUGGGAACAACACUCGGUUCUCAAGGUGACCGAUCUUACUCAUUACUAUGUCGUGCUUCACAAAUUUGCCACCAACAAUUGGAUUCCCACCACUCAUACCUCUACCAUUACCUUUGACACGACCUUCUUUCUGUACAAAGUCGGGACAGGUCUCCAAGUUGAUCUUGCCACACUCAUUUUUUAUCAGAUCAUUGCCUUAGGAAAAGCCAAAAAGAAAGGCCAAUAUUUGGUGUUUCCUCUUUUGAUCUACAAGUUGCUUGAUUCUCAAAAAUCUCUUCGGUUGGAAUAUGAAAUCGUGACACCUCCCACUAUCGGUGUAGAUUACAAACUCAAGAAGGAAUCCUCAUCAGUCAAGACAACUAAAGGGAUUUCUCUCAAGGCUGGCGAUGCUGAUUCUGUCAUUACUGAACUCGCUGGUGUCAAGGCUGGCGAUGCUGAUUCUAUCAGAAAUAAAAUUGAUUUUGUUGCUGACUCAUCAGUUUCAUUUUCUGUCGACACAGAAUUCAUCUGGCUGGCUAAUUUCCAAAAUCAAAGGAAUUUGCAAAUUGAUUUCGAAGAUAUCAGAAAAUGA